AUGACUGUCAAUCAUCAGAAGAGAGCACGGAUUUCAAGACCUGGCCUUGUUGCACUGGACUUCAACCAGGAAUUCAUCGUGUACAUGGAUAUGUCAAGUGUGGGUUUGAUAGCCAUGCUGUGCCAGGCAGAUGACAGGAGUUUACACCCAGUGACUCUGACCAUCAGGAGAUUACGAACUGCUCACCAUCCUGCACACCAACGACGUGCACGCCCGCGUGGAGGAGACCAGCCGCGACUCCGGCAAGUGCGCUGGCCAGGACUGCUACGGCGGCGUGGCGCGCAGGGCCACCAAGAUCCGGGAGAUCCGCGCCACGCACGACAACGUGCUGCUCCUCGACGCCGGCGCUUUUUCUCGUCCGCCCGCGGCGGCUCCUUCCAGCUCACCAUCCUGCACACCAACGACGUGCACGCCCGCGUGGAGGAGACCAGCCGCGACUCCGGCAAGUGCGCUGGCCAGGACUGCUACGGCGGCGUGGCGCGCAGGGCCACCAAGAUCCGGGAGAUCCGCGCCACGCACGACAACGUGCUGCUCCUCGACGCCGGCGACCAGUACCAGGGCACCGUCUGGUUCAGCUACUUCAAAGGGCGCGAGGUGGUGCGCUUCAUGAACCUCCUGGGCUACGACGCCAUGACCAUCGGGAAUCAUGAAUUUGAUAACGGCGUGGAUGGAUUAUUGGAUCCGCUGCUCAAAAAUAUUAAUUUUCCUGUAGUAAGUGCAAAUAUUAAAGCAAGCAAACAAUUAGCAAACAACAUCACAGGUUAUUUCCUUCCUUAUAGAAUUAUAAAUGUUGGAUCAGAAAGAGUGGGAAUUGUUGGCUAUACCACAAAGGAGACACCUGUUCUGUCAGACCCAGGGAAGGAUUUGAUGUUUGAAGAUGAGAUCGCAGCGCUGCAGCCACAGGUGGACAAACUUACAACUUUGGGAGUCAACAAGAUCAUUGCUCUCGGUCACUCUGGCUUUACUGUGGAUAAAAGCAUCGCUCAAAAAGUAAAAGGUGUCGAUGUUGUGGUUGGAGGACAUACAAACACAUUUCUUUAUACAGGACCUCAACCUUCAAAUGAUAUCCCUGCUGGUGACUAUCCAUUCAUGGUGAAGUCAGAUUAUGGGAGUAAAGUGCCUGUUGUUCAAGCAUAUGCUUUUGGAAAAUACCUCGGUUAUUUAAAUGUCACGUUUGAUGAAAAUGGAAAUGUUAUUAAAGCAGUUGGAAACCCUAUCUUACUAGACAAGAGCAUUUCUGAAGAUCCAAUUGUGAAAGCACAAGUUGAUGAAAUGAAGCGUGAAUUACAAAACUUUUCUUCCAAAGUAAUAGGGAAAACUAUUGUCUACCUAAAUGGUACAACUUAUGCAUGCCGUUUUCAAGAGUGCAAUAUGGGAAAUUUGAUCUGUGAUGCUGCGGUUUACAAUAACCUGAGGCAUCCAGAUGAUAAUCAGUGGAAUCAUGUUUCAAUGUGCAUCAUAAAUGGUGGUGGAAUACGAGGACCCAUUGAUGAACGAAGCAAUAAUGGUACUAUCACCUUGGAAGAGCUGCUCUCUGUACUGCCUUUUGGAGGAACAUUUGACCUGCUAGAGAUUAAAGGUUCUGCUCUGAAAGAAGCAUUUGAGCACAGUGUUUAUAGGCAUGGGCAAGGAACAGGUGAACUGCUACAAGUCUCAGGUAUACAAGUUGUGUAUGAUCUCUCCCAAAAAUCUGGAAGCAGAGUGACCAGUUUAAAAGUUCUUUGCACCGAUUGUAGAGUACCAAUUUAUGUUCCACUCAAUAUGGAAAAAACAUAUAAAGUACUUCUACCUUCCUUCCUUGCUGGGGGAGGAGAUGGGUAUCACAUGCUAAAGGGAAGCUCAAAUAAUCAUAGUAGCGGUAAUCUUGACAUUGAUGUUGUUUCCAGCUAUAUCUCUAGAAUGGGAAGGGUAUUUCCAGCAGUUGAAGGUCGUGUGAAGUUUUCUGCGGGAACUGCGCUCCAAGAGUAUCUUUCUUUGAUUUCUGGAUUAUCUGUUUUGCUUCUAUACUUCAUUCUUUAAUUUUCACUAACUGUAUGGAUACUGGAUCUUUCCUACAUUCUAGCGACUUAAUACUCAAAACCCAAGAUCUCAGAUGAUUCAAGAAUUCUCAGAGGCCAAUAUGUAAAAUGUUUUCACUAAUGGAGUGAUUGGAAAGGACAUGAUAUUGGUGAUAAAAAAAAUUAUGUAUUUUAUAUGUACAGUAUUUGGACAUGUACAUACAUUAUUUAUAUAAAUAUGUAUAUAUGUCUCGCAACUAAGAUUUUUAGAGAAUUAAAAUAAGCCAAAAAUAAACAAAGGACAAUAUUCACUUUAAGGCUGGGCAUGCUGUAAAAGCUGUUAUCAAAGUAAUUUGGUAGAAUUUAGGUGUCCCAAAAUGCUUGUAUGCCCUCCAUUCUUCUGUUUUCUAGCUUUGCUUUAACACAGAUGCAUUAGCUAGAUUUGUACAAAGAAACUAACACUCAGUAUCAUCUAGAAGAGAAGGAAGAAUCAUCAUCAUAUAAAUCAGAUUAUCAUUUGCAAGAUCAGACAGCAUAUCUGAAUAGGGAGUAUCCAGUGGAGGAACACCCAUAUCAGGACCCUUAGAAGUAGAGAGAAUAUGUACCCUAGUUUCUUGUUUUUAAUUAAGUAAAACACUCCUACUUACUCCUGUAAAAAAAACAUCAUGGCUAAUGUAAUUUUAUUUCUAUGAUGUUAUCUUUGAGCUUUCCAUUUAUUUUGACAUUAAAAAUUGGGCCAAACCUGAGUGCAAAGAGGGAUUUCUGGAUGAACCAAUAUGAACCUAGUUUUCUUCAUCUCAGAUGCUGCAUUAUUCUAUGAAGCAGUUUUGUGAGGAUAGUGUGCCUCAUGACUAGUGGAAUAAAGGGUAAGAGGUGCGAAUAAUAAAACAGAAAUAGGCUAAAUAGGAGUGUUAUGUAAAACUCAGUUUUCUCAGUCUAUCAUAAAUGUAAUUACUUUUUAUUCGAGAGGGACAUUUCUAAGAACCUUGGCUCUAAAGCAGAGGGAAGCAAUUUGCUGGGGCCAAGGACUGACUGGCUGUUUGGGGCUGCGCCCGCAAAAAAACGCAGUCAAAGUGGAAAAAGGCACAGCCAUAGUGGCUAAUUCACUGGUCCCCUUUUUUAUUUUAAACUUUUUCAAAUACAUUAUUUCAGCACUUUAAUUAAAUCUAAGAAUUUGCUAAGGCUACUAUAAUAUAUGCUAACCUAACAGUUCAAAAGCAUGUAAAAAAGGCAAGUAGAUAAAUAGGUACCACCUCGGUGGGAAGGUA